GUUCAAUGCCAAUGCAUGGACAAUAAAUUAGUGUUCCUCGUCAGGAUCCACGUUUAUGACAUCUACAUCAAUAUCAAAGAUCGAGUUUCGUCGUUUCACACUCCAGCAGAAGAUCAAUCGCUAAGACGAGAUCCAGCAGAUUAAAAGAGAAAACGAAUUUCUGAAAAUAGUCAGAGAUCUUUGAUUUUGCUCCCGGUUCCCAACGAUGAUACCCAUGCAGUUUCCAACCCACUCCUAAUCUGCAUCUGGCGUUACUUAUUCAAUUUGUGCUUCCUGUUCCUGUCUCUCCCAACUUCUGAGAACGCUGAGGGGUUUGUGUUUCUGGUCAUAGAUAAUGUAGAUUUCGAGAACAUGGCGUAUGCCGUUUGAUGUCGUGAUUAUGCUCACCUUGCAUCACCCCGUCUAGACUCAAUCGAAAUUUGUUAUUUUUGCAGACGUUCAGUUCCAGGUUCAGGCUCAGCACUAGAACUAGUUUCGGACUGUUGUUAAUAUCGCAAACACAAAGUGAUUCUGAUAGAUGACAGAGCAGAAGACGAGAAUAUACUCGAGUUACAGGACAAGAACAAAAACGAAAUGAUCCAAAACGUCACGAACAAAUAAUGGCAGGUAGGGGGAGUUUAUCAUAGAUGGUGUCUCUUCUUUGACUCAAAUAUCGGAGUAAGUAAGUAACUGUAUGUGUACGCUGUUGAGACGCGCCGCCGUUCGCGCCAAAUCAUUCGCGCCGCCGUCGCACGCACGAGCACAUCUUGCAGAUAUUACGCGCAGCAUGGACGGACGAAAAAAUGGCGGCCCUUCUGGUGGGCCAGGGCAGAGACAUCGUUCUCGUAGUCGCGGACGCCAGGGCCUAGAUAAGAGCGUCUCAGCGUCUUCCUCGUCCACCACAGCAAGUGGUGGCGCAGGGUCUACUUCUUCAUCAUCAUGGAACAACGACUAUAGGCGGCGGAGCCAGUCCCAGAGAACUGAUUGGAACAAUGGGGGCAGAGAAAGCUCUGGUAAUCGAAAUGGUGGAGAAGGACCCGGUGAAACUGGAAGCUCGUCUUCUUUUAGCGCUAAGAAUACCACCAAGAAUUCCCCUUACUGGGGUGGAGGCGGCAAUCAGAAUUGGUCGUCUUGGAACAAUGACUGGUAUGGCAAUAAUCGAUGGUCUUCGUGGAAUUCCAACUCGUCGUGGAGAUCGUGGCAAAAUGGUGGCUCUUCCGGCCACAGACGGAACAACUACUACAACCAAGGCUACGGUGGAGGAGGUGCCGGGAAUUCCUCUUUCUGGUUUGGGAACAACAGCGGAGGAGGUGGCUCCUGGAACAACUAUGGAUCAUCAGGCGGAGGCGGCAGCUGGAUUACAGACUGGCUACCCUAUUCGAAGUACGGAAAACCAGUAGGCGGCUUCUUUCUCCCUCUGAAAACACCCUGCGACCCAAAAUUUGACAGCGCUAUCGGCGAAAAAGACCGUUUUUAUCUCAAGGAUUUCCUCCAAGUGCAGAGAAACGCAGGAAGAGAAGUUUCUCUGAUCAUCAACCUCGCGUUCACCGGGAAGUACUUAGAUUACAUCGGAUUUUCCUACCAUUAACAUCCUAGUUCUUUUCAUCUUAUUCCUCCAUCAUGAUUCCGUGUGACAGUGUCCUCCAAAACGACUUAGAACUACUUAAAACCUUUAUUCCAAGAUUACAACUACACACCACGUAGCGUCAUUGUUGAAGCAUCAAUUCCUAUCUCUACUCCAGGUUCUACACUUGGGACGCCGCUCAAUAUGCGGAGCUUGGGUUUGGCGAGGUCGAACAGAAACACAUACCUGUCGAAGGACGAAAAGUGCCGGCACUCAGUUUGGUCAACCGGGUUUUGUACGAAAUCCACGAUGCUCUGAAGAAACACCCUGACAAGUAUGUGGCCAUCCACUGUACACACGGCGUGAACCGCACUGCGUUCUUCGUGAUGGCCUACUUGCUCCGAUUUGGCAUCUUCAAGGACAUCGAGAGCGCGCGAGCGCAUUUCGAGGAGCAGAGAGGUGAGAAAAUGAAGCGGGACUAUCUGAGCGAGGGACUGCAGGAGAUGCUACCCAAAAUCGUGGUGUCGGAAAAACACUUCGUUGACAAGGUAGACCCGAGGCCUCCAGGCGAGGAUAUCCCGAUUCCGCGGCCUGAGAGCAAAGAGGACAUUGAGCGCCGCGAGGAGCAUAAUGCCAAAGCAGUGGCCGACAUCAUAGAUGAUAUACCUGAGAAUGUUCCAGAAGGAGAUGAUAAAAAAGACCACCAAAACAGCGCCACCGCCAGUAGCAGAAAAAGGCAUCGUGAGAGUGAUGGCGAGGAACAGGAGGAAAAUCAUGGCAAUAACAACGAGGAGGAGCACGACGAGGAACCUCAAGGUUACAUUAGUGACGAUGUCGACGUGACUGACAAAACGAAUGAUCAAUCUGGCACGGCCGAUGUGAAACCCACACCGACGAACGGCGACAAUCCCUUCACCUGCGACGGCACAAAGAAACGGAAAAUUGAAUGAAAAAGAAUACCGUCUUCCUCCUAAAAAUCUCAAGACUGGAAUUUCGGUGUCGGGUGCACCAUGUCAUUUUUUGCGUUCCUCUGUAAAGAUUUUUUACAUCACGCUAUCCUUUCAGUUUGGGGGUCUUUACAGCUGCUGUUCCUACAA